CGGCUUCCCUUGGUGUACGAACUCUGGUGUAUUCAUGGAAGCUAAUCGAACGCACCUAUUGAUUGCCGUUUAUGGAACCAUGGAGCCGGAAGUUAACGCACAACUUCAGCGAUCGUCCAAUGGGAGCCUGCAAAUCGUGAUGUGUCCGCGCGUAUGACGAAGUCACUUACGAACUGCAUAGCCAUUCGCUGACUCACGUACGCUUUGUUCCCGAAAAAUCCUGGCUUUUUGAAAUACUGAGCUGGCUUUAUGAAGCCAUCAAAAUGGGGCCAUCGGGAAUGUCGAGUGAAAACACGCUGGAUAGUUUGAAAAAUAAACUAAACGCAUCUGUACACUGUCAGUAUUUGAUAAACACUUCACGGUAUUUUUGAUCACCAUCCAUGUGUAAUCAAUUGUUUUCUCACAAGUUUUUUUCUUACCUGUUUCUUUUUGAUUUAGUUUUGUCAUGAUGCGUAUAGUUUUGACCUUGGAGUCAACGAAGAAUAGAAAGUUGUUUCACCUCCUCUUUUAGAGAUAGUAUGCAUUUAUUGGAUCAUGCUAGCAAGUGUGAUGUUUUCCUGCCAAUUUUUGUAUGAAAGAAUGACGUGUGUUGUAUUGUUGUUUGACCGGAGAAAAGGUAUCUCAAAUUAUCUGCUAUUAGAGCAUUUUGUGCCACGUGAACUUGGCGGUUUGUGGAGAAGGAUGGAAUCUACCAGAAGGACUGCCGUCUUGUAUUUCUGAAAGUAUACGACCAACUUGAAAAAAAGAGCCCUCCAAAUGCUGAUGGGCCAUGUGACUGUUUAAAGGCGUGAUUGUGUCUUUGGAGAGAAAUAUUUUCAAAAUUCAUCAGUUAAUUGAGUCACUGACAAUUGUAAGGAAAAUAAAGAUGUGGAAGUGAGCUUUUAUUUGAUGUGUGUCUUGAACACCUGAGAAACUUAUGAUUAUUUUCCUGAUUUUUUUAAGUGGGUUGGGGUAUUUACCUGUAUUGUUAAACUGCUCUGCAGCCCUAAAAAGCUCAGUUGAGGCCACUGGAGGGCGCCUUAACAUCUCACGUGUUGCUCGGCAGUGUCAAAUGUGUUUCCUGUGAGAAUGGACACCUGCGAUUUACACUUACUUGGAAACUGCAAUGAAAAUGACUUGAAACUGUCCGUGCAGUGUGCAGCAAGACUGGGGUACGGAGUUCUCGCCGUUGGCUACAACUGUCCCAUCCAAGAGAAACCAAGCAGUGAAAAAAAUAAGGUGAAACUUCCGUUUGCACCACCGGCUCUGAAGCUGGAUGGCCACACCGAAGCAGCUGUAGGAGUACGGUCAAAGGGCGUCAAACAAUUGUCACGCAUAAAUAUUGUGCUGUCAGAAGGCUCAGAAACACACAAACUGAGGCAGGACAAUGUGCAAUCCUACGAAUUGCUGGCCGUGCAGCCGACCACGGAGAAGAUGUUCCACAUGGCCUGCACCAAGCUGGAGGUGGACAUCGUCUGUCCGGACAUGACGGAGAAGCUGCCAUUUUACUUCAAGAGAGUGGCAAUCAAUGCCGCAAUUGAGAGAGGCAUCUACUUUGAGAUCCCCUACGCACCGGCCAUCCGCGAUGCGACCAUGCGGAAGAAUGUCCUCAGCAAUGCCAUGACAUUGAUCACCCUGUGUCGGGGCAAGAACGUCAUCAUCACCAGUCAAGCCAUCAAGCCACUUGAAAUCAGAGGGCCCUACGAUGUAGCCAACCUGGGUCUGCUGUUUGGGCUAACAGAACAAGAAUCCAAGAAUGCAGUGUCGACAAACUGCAGGGCAGUGCUGUAUCACGCAGCUACGAGACGGAACACCAUCAAGUCUGUCAUGUCACUCCAGCAGGUCAGUGACCUCCCGGCCCAAGACCGGUGGAAGGUACGCGCGGGCCAGGAGGCCUGCAGCCUUAGCAUUGAGGAAGAUUCCACAGAGGCCGAGGAGACAGGAGUCCUGGCUAGAACCAACAAGCGGAGGAAAUCAAAAACCAGAAGCAACUCUGGCAAGGGGGAAGAAGCGUCCUCUAAGAAAAUGAAACAUGCGGGCGGGGGUGGACCGGCCUCAUCGUGAUCUCCUAAAUGCUCGUUAGGACUAACUGCUGGGUGACUGGAUGAAGUGCCAAGGCCGGACUAGCCUGGUCUGGACGUGAGCCCUGAAAGGGUUAAGACCUUAAGAAAUCAUGCUGGAGUUGAAAAGCCAGUUUCACGGUUUCGCUUUAUGGUUGGCCAAAAUAUGUCUGCCCACUGCAGAUACACUGUGACAACCUGCAGUGCGCUCAACAGCACUGACUGGCUUGUGUCUUGCAGGGCGACUUUUAGUGUUCAUGACAGUUGUCAAGAAAUUCUGCGUAUGGAAUACAUGUAAGUAGACUCCUUCCCGUGCCGACUGUGAGCACCUCUGUCAGACCAGAGACUCUUUUGAGCAUUGACGCAUGCCCCUAUAUGAAAUACGGCCCAGGACCAGAUCUGGGCUGGAGACAGGCCGCGCUGAAUCAGAUUCACAGUAAUCAGUGGUGUGCCCCAAGGGAAGGGGAGGUGUCAUUGUAGGGAUAAGAGAUUAAACUUUAGUCUCAGAUCAUGAUAAGGCCUGGCCCCCUGCCUUAUAUACUCAAUGGUUAUGAAUAUGUUACGUCACCUGAACACUUAGUUACAGUCACUACAAAAUCUACUAACACUGGGGCAAUCAUGCUUUGAUAUUGGUAACUUAUAGGAUCCUUUCAACUUUUUAAAAAUUUUUUUUAAAUCUUACAUCACUGCAUAAGCUGAACUGAUCAUUGUCACACUUUAGAAAUAAACCCACUGCUUUCAGUUUGUAAAAACA